GGUUGGGUAGGGGGAGGAGUCAACUUGGACAAGUGAAAAACUCCGGCCGGGGGCUGGGCUUUCCCCUUUCCUCCUCCCCUUCCCGAUCGCCUCCUAGCCCUCCCUCCUUCCUUCCCUCCUCCCCCUCCGGCUCAGGUUGCAGCUUCUCUCGGGAGCCGCUCACCUUUCCCAAGCAAGGGAAGCCGCCGCCGCCGUGCCAGGGCGGGGAGAGCAGUAGGACGCAGGGCACUGAGUUCCCCGGACCUCCUCCUCCCGUCCUCCACCCACUCCCCCCUCGCAGACAGGGAGCCGGAGCCCGAGCCGGGGCGCGGGGCGCGGGGCGCGGAGCGGAUCCAGCUGCCAGGGGCCCCAGCUGACCAUGAAUAAGAUGAAGAAUUUCAAGCGUCGAUUCUCCCUCUCAGUGCCCCGAACAGAGACCAUAGAGGAAUCUCUGGCUGAAUUCACUGAGCAGUUCAACCAACUUAACAGCCGACGGAGCGAAAGCUUGGCCCAAGGGCACCUUCAGCUUGGCCCUCUAGUAGGAGACUUCCAGCCUGAGCCCAGUGCCAUCUCACCAUCAGAGGAGGAUGGGGACAGCCACAGCCAGUCCUCACCUGGUAUUCGUUACCGAAAACACAACCAGCGUCGCUUCUCCAUGGAGGAUGUCAGCAAACGGCUCUCCCUGCCCAUGGACAUCCGCCUGCCGCCCGAGUUUCUGCAGAAGCUGCAGCUGGAGAGCCCGGAACUCCCGAAGCCUCUGAGCAGAAUGUCCCGCCGGGCAUCCCUAUCUGAUAUCGGCUUUGGGAAACUGGAAACUUAUGUGAAACUGGACAAGUUAGGUGAGGGCACCUAUGCCACCGUCUUCAAAGGGCGAAGCAAACUCACUGAGAACCUGGUGGCACUGAAGGAAAUCCGUCUGGAGCAUGAGGAGGGUGCCCCUUGCACUGCCAUCCGGGAAGUGUCGCUGCUGAAAAACUUAAAACAUGCCAACAUUGUGACCCUGCAUGACCUGAUCCACACGGAACGGUCCCUUACCCUCGUCUUUGAGUACCUGGACAGUGACUUGAAGCACUACUUGGACCACUGCGGAAACCUCAUGAGCAUGCACAAUGUCAAGGUCUUUAUGUUCCAGCUGCUCCGAGGUCUCUCUUACUGCCACCGACGGAAGAUCCUUCACAGGGACCUGAAGCCCCAGAACUUGCUCAUCAACGAGAAGGGGGAGCUAAAACUGGCAGACUUCGGCCUGGCUCGGGCCAAGUCAGUGCCCACCAAGACUUACUCCAAUGAAGUAGUGACCCUUUGGUACCGGCCCCCUGACGUGCUGCUGGGCUCUACGGAAUACUCUACUCCCAUCGAUAUGUGGGGUGUGGGCUGCAUCCACUAUGAGAUGGCCACUGGAAGGCCCAUGUUCCCUGGCUCCACUGUCAAAGAAGAAUUGCACCUUAUCUUCCGCCUGCUUGGGACCCCCACAGAAGAGAGCUGGCCAGGAGUGACAUCCCUCCCUGAGUUCCGAGCCUACAACUUCCCCCGGUACAAACCUCAACCACUCAUCAACCAUGCUCCCAGGUUGGACACAGACGGCAUUGACCUACUUACCAGCCUCCUCCUGUAUGAAGCCAAGAGCCGGAUCUCUGCAGAGGAAGCCCUGAGACACCCUUACUUUGGGCCCCUGGGGGAGCGUGUGCACCAACUCCCUGACACUGCCUCCAUCUUCUCUCUAAAGGAAAUUCAGCUCCAGAAGGACCCAGGUUACCGGGGCUUAUCCUUCCAGCAGACAGGCCGAGGGAAGAACCGGAGACAAAGCAUCUUCUGAGCUAGAUGUCCCUGUCCCCCCACCACAGGCCACAAAAGUGAUGAGACACCCCCAACACAGCUGUCCAGGGCUGGGUUUGGGGGCCUAGAGUUGCCUAAAGAGGGUUGGGGGCCCCAGCUGAAUGGGAGGGAAGCCCAUCGGCCCUGUUGGCUGCUGGUGUGUCCCCUGUCCUUCCUUUGAAAACCUCUCCUGGGGGCUCUGAUCCCUGGCUCCCCACCACCUCCUCCUCAGCCCCUGGGGUUGAGCACCACGGUUUGUAACCCCAGCUCCAGCCUGGCAGGAGGAAAAGGAGGCAAGAAAGAAUGGGCCAGGAUUCUUCCGUCUGUGCUCAGGCUGGGGGAAGAUGGAGUAACCCAAAUGGAGCAAGAUGGCACUGGCUGGCUCUUCAGAGGCUCCUUCGCACAAGGCCUCUCUGGCCAAGCAGAGCUUGGCUGAUACCCUGACAUCGGCAGGGCCAACUGUAGGCACACCCCUGCUGGCUCAUUGGCACCUUCCUCACCAGCCUCUGUGGGAGGCGGGCAAAAGCUUCCCUUCAUCCCUGACAGCUUCGUUUCUUUUAUUCCCUUACAGUUAAAGAAAGGGUGUUCUAACCUUCCCAGGACCCUCAAAUCCUGGGCACUCGUCUCUGUGCCAAAGGUCCUUGUCCCCUAACAUCCACCAGCUUCUCUCUCCAGCCUGGGGGGAAUUGGUGCCCGUCAGCCAUGGCAAGAGGGUUUUUAGUGCCUGGGUACCCCUAGAUCCCUGUCCUCCUUACCACAUCCCCCACGACUGCUGGGCUCUGUCAGCUCUGCCUCCAAGGUUGUUUGCUGCUCCCCUUCUGGUAGCCCUAUCACCCUGACACAGCUGCCCCCCUUCUGGUAGCCCUAUCACCCUGACACUGGAUGGCACCUCCCUCUGGUGCCAAAUAUGGCGAGAGGCUGCCCUGCUGUUGCCUGUUUCUUCCUGCCCUCUCCACCUCAGCGCCCUUCACUUUGAAUGGAAUUCCCUUCGACUGAAGGAUGGGAGAGAGCUUAUUGUUCCUAGGAAGUCUUCCUCUCCUGGCCCUGCCUCACCUUCCCUUCUCAACAGCCCUAUGUUCAGCAUCAGAAUAUGAGUGUCCGAUCCUGCCUGCCCCUUACUCCUCAGAGGUCAGGGCAGGAAGACAUCAGGAUAAUCUUGUUGCUGUGUCCACAGGAGCAGGGUCCCUUCUGGGCCAUCACCCCUGUCUAGCUCAUCGUCUACCUUACGAUAGGAGGUCAUGCUCCACCGGACCCUAGCCCCGAACCCACUAUGGGUGCUCUGCUGUCCCUAAGCCCCUGACCAUCCUCCGUGUACCAGGCUGCCCGCAGGGAUGGUCAUGGGCAGGGAGUGGCCACAUGGGGCCGGUCCAAAAGCUAGUCGUGAGAGGAAUCCGGAAUUUGCUGACUUGGGACUAGUUUCUCUGAAGGGGUCCUGCCCCUUCUUUCCAACACCUCCCUGCCUCCAAAGCCAAUUAUUCCCCCUGCCCUGCCUCCCGAAAGAGCAAUCUAAACUUAGAAAAGGUAAAUGGACCCUGUGCCAGGGAUGCUUCAUCUUCUUCUCGCUUGCCCUGUUUCCCCAGCUCAUAAUUCUCUGCAGGAACAUACUUUGUGUCAUCCCACCUCUGUAUCAUGUGAGGCAUCAAGAACCACCUACAAUAUCCCUGAAUCCCCAUCCCCAACCCCCUGCUCCACCAAAGGACCAAUCCCUUUGAGCCAUGCUUCUCCUGCCUUGCUUCUCCCCAGGGAGAGGACCUGGGGGCUACCUUCCCCCCCCCCCCUUCAACUGUACUGUGAACGUCCUGUCUCCUGUCCUGUGACUCAGUGCAAAGACAGAUAAUCUAUUUAACUCAUUGUACAAAAAGAAGCAAACAAUCCCUUGAAGAUGAGGUGAUUUUUCAGCAGGUUGAUUCCAAAGAAUGGGGAAAGGUAUGCAUGUGUGUGAAGAGUGUGGGUGGGUGUCAGGAUCUAUGCAGGCUUUAUUGUCUUUUUUUAAUGAAGAGAGAGUUUGAUUUUUGUACUGCCCAAGGCUGCUUCUGUGGGGUUCCCUGACACAUUGCCCAGAUGUAUUGUGAAUGCAACCAAGCAAAGGGCCAGAAAUAAAUCAUCAAGUCUGGA